GUGGCCAACAGCAGUCGUCUCUGCUUGGUUGUCACUGUUUUACUUUCUGUAAAGGAGGAACAAAAAAAAAACCUGUCAGACCAUCAGCGUCAUCCUGGAGAUAGAGCUGGUUGCUUUUUAAGCUGUGUCUGUUCCUGAACGCCACUUUUCUGCGUGGUUCUUGGGAAAUUAGAAGCUCUUCAAACACAUCUGCCAUGGCUACCUCCGGAGGAAGUGACAGCAGACCAAUCACUAAAGAUGCGGAGAACCCGUGUGAGACUGACUCUUCCAACGAAUUUGAUUUGAACCCACUUGAGGAGUACAAGAUGAACCACAAACGGCGAGGUCUGGCUCUCAUUUUCAACCAGGAGAAUUUUUUCUUUCGGCUGAAGUUGAGUAAAAGGACUGGAACAAAUGCUGACUGCGACAACUUGGAGAAACGGUAUCUCUCUCCCACUCUACUGCUGAGUGUCUUGAUGAAUAUGUCUGUUUUUUUAAAAGUAACUUUUUAUUUUGCAACAACCCACUUUUGUUUAUCAUAUAGACUCGAGGAGUUAAAUUUUGAAGUCAAAACUUAUGAUGAUGAAGGCCAGAAGGAGGUCCUGAAUGCAAUCCAUGAAGCUGCUGAGGAGGAUCACUCUGAUGCCGACUGCUUUCUACUGGUCUUCCUGAGCCACGGCAAGGACAACUGCGUUUACACCAACGAUGGCAUGAUCAACAUCCAGGACAUCAUACAUGCAUUCAGAGGAGACAACUGCCCAAGCCUCGUAGGAAAGCCGAAGAUCUUCAUUUUUCAGGCGUGUCGUGGAGACAAACCUGAUACUCCAGUGGUUGCAUCUGGGGCUACUGACCAUCAGGAGGUGAUUAAUAAGGUGGUGAUUGAUGCCAGUGCACUAAACACUCUUCCUGCAGCAGCUGAUUUCAUCAUGUGCUUUUCUGUGGCUGAAGGUUUCUUUUCCCUCCGAGAUACCAACAAUGGCUCCUGGUACAUCCAGGAUUUGUGCGAGCUACUUGAGAAGUACGGACAUCAGCUUGAGUUCACCGAGAUACUCACCCUGGUCAACAGAAAAGUGUCAAUGAGAAGUGUGAGGAUGCGUAAGCACCCAAAGGCUGUUAAACAGGUUCCUUGUUUUGCUUCCAUGUUAACCAAGAAGCUCUACUUCCGGUAAAAGUUACAGCUUCAGUUCACUGUUAUAAUGUCAACUAAUUUUAGCUUUAAAAAACAGGAUUUUAUUCUUAAUCGUUAAAGACCCACUCAGAGUUAAUUUUGUACUUUUUACCUUUUUUAUGCAACUGCAUCCCUGCCAUAGUUUUGUCAGUUUUGUUAAACAAUGACAGAUCGUCUUUUCAUUUUUUUUUUUUUUUUUGGUUACUAUCAUCAUGUUGGUCAGAUGGCAUCGCUGUCCACUGUUUUAUAAUGCUCAGGUGUUGGUUGCUGCCAGUAAUUCAAAAAGAGAUAAGAUUUAGCUAUUUAUUCAUCUACCUCUACUUGUCAUUUGAUUUUGUUUGGCUUUCAAACAGAAAAUUUUUUUUGUGUUUUUAAAGAAAUUGUUAAUAUUAAUAAUAAUAAUACAUUUUAUUUAUGUGGCACCUUUCUUGGCACUCAGGUCAUCUCACAGUACAUAAAAUAAAGGCUAAUAAUACAACACAGAAAUGCACAGUAUUACAAACUGUUGCUCUACUGUUUCGGGUCAUGCUGUUGUGACUUUCAGGGUAAAACUGCAUUUUUCCUUUGUUGGCCAGUUUUAAAUAUGGCUUUUUCUUUGCCACUCUGCCCUGAAGGCCGGCAUCUCAAAAUUGCCAUUUCACUGUAAAUAUUUACACUGGUGUUGUGUUGGUACUAUUUAAUGAAGCUUCCAGUUGAAAACCUGUCAAGCGUCUAUUUCUCAAACUGGAAACCCUAACAUACUUUUCUUCUUGCUCAACAGUGAUGUUUAUCAAAUCCACUUCCUGUAAGAAGGAAAAAUGAAAGUUUGAUUUAUUUUUUUUCUCACAAUUCAACAUUUGAAGAUAAGCUAGUUUGACUCUUUUCACAUGUUAAUUUUUCGCAAAUUUUAAAGUUCUAACCAUGAGCAGGCACUGAAGCUUAUCUAUACCUGGUUAU